GUCUUCAGCGCCGUCUCAUGUGCCAGGCAUCUCCGAUCAGGCAUGCGUAGGCGUGCGCGGUACGGCGCUGCCUUGUACGCUAUCGACGCGGCCCGCAGCAACUGGUUUUGGGCGCUGCUCGGUCGCGUUUUCUCGCACGAAAGCCUCCCAGUAGGAGCUAUGCGAACUCUCUGCAGCACAGUAAGUUACAAUGAUAUGCCACGGGCAAAAACAGCCACUUUUUUUGCUUGCCAGGCAGAGGUAUCAUACCUUAUACCUCGGUACCUUAUACCUCUUGGCAGCCCUUUGCCAUCACACAAAUUGAUCACAAGAGCGCAUCCAUAUUCUGAUAACGCUCUGCUGCAGCCAUCAUCCAUGCUCUGAUAACGCUCUGGGCAGCCAUCACAUCACAAGAGCGCAUCGGGCAGCCUACACGAAAAUGCUGGCACUGCGCACCGCCCUCAGCCUCGCCUACGAGCACGUCGCGGCGCCAUACCUCGAAGAGGACGACGAAAGCGACGGAGAGGACCCUAAUCCUGCGACUGCCGCGGCGGAGCUGAACGCGUGGUUUGCGCGAUGCGGAGGCUCGGGCGCCGCCGAGGUCCGAGCCUCGGCGGACAACCGCUGCGGCCUCUUCGCGAUGGCCCCGCUCGGGGCCGGCGACGCCUACGUGCGGGUGCCGCGGCGCCUGCUCCUCGACCGCGCGUCGUCGCUCGCGUCAGCCGCACUCGCGCGCGGCGAGGCGCGCGCGGCGGCCGUCGGCUGCGACGCGGAGGGAAUCGUUGCGCUGACGGUCUGUGCGCGGCUAGCGUUGGAGCGGGCCGCCGGCGACGCCUCGCCCCAUGCUCCGUACGUGCGGGCGCUGCCGAAGCGCUUCGCGGCGCACCCGCUCCGCGACGCGUCGGGCGACGCGUGCCUCGCGGGCACCUACGCGCUCGACGCGCUGCGGGACGCGCGGCGCGACGAGGCCCGGUUCGUGGAAGCGGCGCGCGCGUGCUACGACGUCGGCGUGCCGCGGAGCCGGUGGCGGUGGGCCUACCGGUGCUGGAUGACGCGCUGCAUCUUCGUGCGGGGCCUCGGGCCCGGCGGCGCGCCGGCCUGGGCGUUCGUGCCCGUGGUGGACAUGACGAACUGCCGCUGGGCGCCCGGAGCGCCGCGGUCGAGGGCGGCGUUUGACGGCGGCGCGGCCGCCAUGCGGACGCCGACCCCGGUCGCGGCCGACGCCGAGGUCGUCGAGCCACAUGCUGUGUGGAAAUCACGCCAUCGAGCAGACUCAAUCACGGAGACGACGUCACGUCGAUGGCGUGGGGCGCCUGAAAUUUGAUUUCCACACAGGAACUACGGCUGGACGAACUUCGACUACUUCGUCGCGCACGGCUUCGUGCUGCCGCCGCCCUUCGACGACGACGCCGUCGUCGCGCGGCCCGUGGGGCUCGCGGCCGCCGACGCGCCGCGCGCGGCGCUCCUCGACGCCGCGCUCGGCCCGCGCGCGUGGCCCCGGGGGACGUACCGCUGGCAGCCCGUGCUCCCGGCCGCCGUCGACGCGGCGCGCAUCCGCGCUGCGCCGGCGCCGCCGCCGGAGACGACGUGGGCGCGCGGCCGCAAUGCCUCGACGGUCGUCGCCGUCACGCUCGAGCUCGAGCCGGCUGCGGCGGCGCGGGCGGCCGCGGCCGUCGACGGCGGCGCGGCGGUCGAGGCCGCCGUCGCCGCGGCCGCGGCCCCGCCGGCGCUCGCGCGCGCCUGGCGGCGACUCGCGGCCAUCGCCGACGCCGACGCGGCGGACCUGCGCCGCGCCGCGGCGGGCGACUCGCCCGGAACCGUCGGCGCCGCUGCCGAGGCCGCGCGUUCGUUCCGCGACGCCGCGCUCCGCCUCGCGGAGAGUGUUGCGGCGGCCUACCGCGCCGAGGCCGCGGCCCUCGACGUCGUCGCGCCGCCGCCCUACGCGUAG